AUGCAGCUAGUUUGCAACAAAAAAUUUGAGAUAUGGAGCCUCAUAGGUUCAACUCUCGUACACUUUUCUUUGAAUGAGUUUGAACUUAUUACUGGGCUCAAUUGCAACUAUGUGGAAAAGCUUAAAGAUACGAAGGUUGAGGUUACUGAUGAAAUGCAAGAAUUCUGGGAGCAAAUGGGAGUAAAUCAGGAAUUGGGCGUGAGUACUGAAGAUUUGAUAGAAGCUUGUAAUGAUUGUGGAUCAUGGUCUCGUAAGGAUCGGUUGAGGAUAGGAUACCUAAGCAUUUAUUCUUCUUUUAUUGAAGCACGAAAACCAUCUUCAGCUACUCGGGUUAGUUUGGCUAGGCUAGUGAUGGAUUUAGAUGCGUUUGAGAAUUACCCUUGGGGAAGAGUCGUCUUAAAGAACCUGAUUCGGUCGGUGAAAGAGAAAGAUAUUACGAAGUCGUCGUACACGAUUAAAGGUUUUGUACAAAUUCUCCAAGUUUGGAUUUACUUUUCUCUUCUUGAAUUUGCUGCUAGAUUUGCUGAACCUAUUCCAAACGACCCUACUCCACCACUGCUAGCUUAUAAAGGAUCCAGAGGGAGAAAGUUUAUGAAAGAGAAUAUGCUGAGACAGACAUGUAUAAACAACUACGCUGUUAAGGAUUUCGAGCAGAUGUUUUCAGUCUGGGAAGAUGAUGAUCAUGAUGAAGAAGAUGUGAAAACUGGCAACAUUGUGCGAGCAAUGUUUGGACACUUUGGCACUCUACCAUGGAAAUGGGAGAGAAAUCAUUGGCCUCCAACAGGUGUGACCAAGUCCAAUAACGUAAAGUCUGAAGUGGUGGUUGACCUGAAAAGGAGAUCGGAAUCACUCGGUGAUGAAGAAAGAUCAUUGGAAGAUUGCUUCCAGAAGAUGAUGACUGAGUUGAGUAGUUGUGAAUCUCAGAUCAAACAACUCAACACAAAACUGGUAGCUAUCGAGCAAAAUUUAGAAGCCGUUACAGGUGGCCUAAAGAAGGAUGUGACUGAUGGAGAAGAGUUCAAGUCCGCGGAAAAUCCAGAGGAUCCGAAACCCUGUGACGAAAUUCCGACAGACAUAAAUCUUGACAUUAGGAGUAAUUUUAAGUCCAUGCAAGAUGAUCAAAAUAAUGUUCCGAGUGAGAGCGUGAAUGAUGGUAAGGAUGCAAGUGUUGAACCAAGCACCGUCAUGGUUGAUAAAGACAAAUGCGACAUUGACUUUGAGGCGUUCCAGCAAGAGAAAGCAGACAAAAGCAAGAAAGCGGCACAUUGCACGAGCAAAGAGUGA